AUCGAUCCCACCAUCCAGCCAACCGUGCCAAACACUCGCCCGCCCGCCCAUACAUCUGAGAUCAUACAAUCAUACACACCCACUCCCAAACCCACACCUACAAGCAGCUCUCUCAUCACGCACGCCCUUUGCGCAUACGCCCACCCUCGCGCAACGCCCACGCCCUGUCAUAAUACGGGACCGCGCCAGACCCCACAGCCUGCAUCUGUACUCACCUUGCUCUAUCGCUCGAGGUUCCGUCCCCACCCCAUCCAUAUGCUCCCCAUGCGAGCUCGAUAAUACGCCCAAGAAGAGGCAUGGCUCUAUUGCCUUCUUGACACCAAGAAGGCAACCUGACAAUGACGAGAGAUGAGUCCUCGCGAUUCAGCUCAGUGACGAGCGCGAGCACCGACAGCACCGCCUCCGACUUCACCGUCAAGCCACUGCCCGCUAUCCCAAGGACUAAGGACAAGAGCAGAGACAAAGGAAAUGCCCAACCAACCACGAAAGCCUUCUCCGCCGCCGCCGCCGCCGCCUCCUCCUCCUCCCCCUCCCACAAGGGCCUGCGCAAGGCCGCCCCGAGGCUAAGGACAGACGAGAAUGGGAACCUAGUCAAGUCCCUCAAAGACUCCAGAGACGCCGAGUCUCAGCCGCAGAUCUCGCCGACAUCCAGGCAGCCCAACGCCCCCUUUGCCCGUGCUUCUUUGUCAGGCCCUUCCUCGUCUUCCAAUGCCGUACACAGGAUGAGCGAUUUUGUCAAUUACCGCCGCGACCUAGCCGUUCUCGAGCCCGCCGGCAGUCGCGCCCCACAGAUCGUACACAACCCCCCGUCGACGGCCUCUUCUUUCAUGCAGCAGGUCGCGCCGUGGAUGGUAGGAGGAGGCAGCAGUAAUGGCAACAACCCCUCCGUCUCCCCUCCGGCCAACGGCUCCGGCGCCAUGGCCACCACCUUCUACAAUGACUCCAGCGACAACCUCUCGUCCGCCUCGCAAAUGUCUCCUGCCUUUCGGUCCGCAUCGGUCAGUGCGGCGCGCCCCACGCACAACCCCCCCGGCAGCGAGUCGCCCCCGGCGGAGUCUGCAUCAUCCGCAUACUACAACGACGAAAGGAGGCCCUCCAUCGCCAGCGUCACCACAACCGCCAGCAGCCAGGCGUCCAAGAACAGCGGGCAGAGGGGAGGCGGCCUGAGGAAACUCCAGGGUUUCUUUGGCGAGGAGUUUCCCGGUCGAGACUCUUCAGAGACCUCCCUACCGCCUUCCUUUGCUGGAAAGGAGACCCGCUCCCACUCGUACAGCCACGCAUCUCGUCCCCAUCGCGACCGCAACUACUCAAACGCCACAGAUCAUACCCGGGAUGCCUCCCCGUCCUCGUCCAGGCCCAGGACACCAGUGCCAGCACCAGAAGUCGUGCCGUUCCUGUAUCAGGAGGCCGAGGAUAUCGCGCGCUACGGCGAAGCACCCGUCAGAGGUGUCCUCGCCGGCCCCGACCGUGAACGAUACGCCGCGGAGAACGGCGCCCAGAACCCCCCAAAGACAUCCUCAUCCAACCGCUCUGGCCAUUCGAUAGUCCAGGGCGGCCAAGGAUCCUCACAUCGACACAACAGGAGCAAUGAUGACCCUCGAGCCCUGCGUCCAUCGAUAAGCAGGGAAGAGUCCCAGGCCGGCGCCGCCAACCCGUCCAAGGGGGCUGCAAACGCAAUGUACGGCUCCCGAUCUCGAGCGCAGAGCCCCACGCCCAGUGGCCACAGUAGUGUCGGGAUGAAGAACGGAGGCUUCGACGGGCCUGCAUCGCCAGGACACACGCACCAGAAAAAGGGGCUCUUCAACAGAUUAAGGGGCAAAAAGCCAGAAAAGGACGAGCUGGGGCCACCGCUCAGCAAGAAACUCUCAACUUCUACGCAGUCGCUGGGGUCGACUUGGAUGCCCAGGCCAUCGAUAUCGCGCCAGGACGUGACCAAGGACGACGGCCCCUUACCAUACGGUGAGAGAUGGUCCGCCAUCGGCCAGGAGCUGCCCAACGAGCCUCAGCAGCGCGCGCGGCCAGAUAACGGGCGACAGGCGACUUUCAACAACAAGUUUCCCUUCUCCAAGAAGGGCCGACCCAACAAGCAGUUCGACGACGGCGAAGAUUAUAUCGGCCCGACUGACCGCUCAAACGAGAAGGGAACCUACUUCAAGCUCGACACCGACCUCGACGAUAUGUCAGGCAUCGUGACCCGACACGCGCCCCUCACGCCGAUGGCCCCUGGUGUCAUACCGAACAACGAAGUCGAAAAAGUCCAAGCACAGUCGAAGAAUGGCGUCAACGGUGUGUGGAACGCGCCAGACAGCUGGGCAGUCAGAAAGACCGAGCAGGACGUGCCGUCUCAUGCGGCGGAGCUUGAGGACAUUGGGAAUCCCCCCAGACCCGAAGAAAAACUCACGCCGUACUGCAUCCGAGUCUUUAGGUCGGACGGUACUUUUGCAACUCUGCAGAUGGCCCUGGACUCCUCCGUGCAAGACCUCAUUGGCCAGAUCAUCAAGAAGUCAUAUGUCACGGAGAGCCUCGACAACUACCACAUCGUCCUGAAGAAGCAUGAUUUGGUCCGUGUUCUCAACCAAGUUGAGCGGCCCCUUCUUAUACAAAAGAGGCUCCUCCAGCAAGUCGGCUACGAGGAACGCGAUAGGAUCGAGGACAUUGGCCGAGAAGACAACAGCUAUUUGUGUCGAUUCCUCUUCCUCUCCGCCAAGGAGAGUGAUUUCCACGCAAAGACUCACGACCUUGGCUUCGGUCGGAUGCAGAAAUUCAACCACAUCGAUUUGGCAGGCCGAAACCUCAUCACCAUCCCUAUCUCGCUGUACUCGAAAGCUGCGGAGAUCAUUUCCCUGAACCUGUCGCGAAACCUGUCACUGGACCUCCCAAGAGACUUCAUCCACUCCUGCGUGAAUCUUCGUGACAUCAAGUACAACAACAACGAAGCCCGCAAGCUGCCGCUCAGCUUCAGCCGUGCCAACAAACUCACGUACCUCGACGUCUCGAACAAUCGACUGGAGCAACUCGAGCACGCGGAACUCAACGGGCUCACGGGACUGUUGAAAUUGAAUUUGGCCAACAAUAGGCUCAAGCAUCUGCCACCCUACUUCGGAGCUUACCGCCAGCUGCGGACCCUGAACAUCUCUUCGAAUUUCCUCGAAAAGUUCCCCAGCUUCCUCUGCGAUCUGGAGAGCUUGGUGGACCUAGACAUGAGUUUCAACCUAAUUAUGAACUUCCCUGCCAACAUUGGCAGCCUCAAGUCCUUAGAACGCCUCGUCAUUACCAAUAACAGACUCUCCGGUGCGCUUCCCGAUUCAUUCAAGAAUCUGCUGAGUCUGCGCGAGCUCGACGUCAAAUACAACGCUAUUUCCGCCAUCGAUGUCAUAUCCGAGCUCCCGAAGCUGGAGAUCAUGACGGCGGAUCACAAUGCGAUCUCGCAGUUCAUCGGGAACUUCGAGAGAUUGCGGAGCCUGAAGCUGAACGCAAACCCGAUCACAAAAUUCGAGAUCACCUCUCCUGUACCCACAUUGAAGCUUCUGAACCUAUCCAACGCGCAACUUGCCAGCGUCGACGAUUCAUUUCAGAAUAUCCUCAACCUGGAAAGGCUCGUUCUCGACCGGAACUAUUUUGUGUCGCUCCCUCCACAGAUCGGUAAUCUGCGCCGCCUGGAACAUUUCAGCAUUGCAAAAAAUUCCAUUGGAGAGCUUCCGCCCGAAAUCGGUUGUCUUCAAGAGCUGAGGGUGCUCGAUGUCCGUGGGAACAACAUGAGGAAGCUACCCAUGGACAUUUGGUGGGCAAACAAGCUGGAAACGCUGAACGCGUCCUCAAACGUGCUCGAGUCGUUCCCCAAGCCUGCCUCUCGACCACCGCAGCCUCCUGGCGAAACAGCAUCUACUGCUCCUUCCAUUACUCUGAAGCCCAGUUCCUCCGGAGGCCUGAGCCCCUCUCCCAGCGCGGAUGACCUGCUGCCGGAUGGGACUAGGCGGCCGAGCCAAGCGUCCAGUACGCUCCUGAGUGUUGGCCCCUCCCCUGUACCUGCAGGUCCGGAUCGUAAAAGUUCAGUGGUGUCGGUGUAUGGCAAAGGCGGCCGCAAGACGUCUGUCAUGUCAAGGGCUCCGACGGGCCAAAACAACAACAAUAACAACAGCCCGCAACCUCCAAUGCCGACUUCCCGGAAGGACUCCGGACUGUCCUCUCGAUUGACGAAUACUUUCGCAGGGUCCUUGAGAUACCUCUACCUGGCGGACAACCAGCUUGACGAUGAUGUCUUUGACCAGAUAACGUUGCUGAGCGAAUUGCGACUUCUCAAUCUUUCCUACAAUGACCUGAGCGACAUGCCCCAGAGGUCGAUCAAGAGCUGGCCACAGCUCGUGGAACUGUACCUCUCUGGAAAUGAGCUUACGACGAUACCCGCCGACGAUCUGGAAGAGUUCAACUCCCUUCAGGUUUUACAUAUCAAUAGCAACAAGUUCACAAACCUGCCUGCCGAUAUCUCGAAGGCGAAAAAGCUUGCGGUGCUGGACUGCGGAAGUAAUUACUUGAAAUACAACAUUUCAAAUGUGCCAUACGAUUGGAACUGGAAUCUCAACCCGAACCUCAGAUUCCUGAACCUCUCCGGAAAUAGGCGCCUGGAGAUCAAGCAGACUGUCUUCGGCGCCGCGAAUGCGAACCGCGAACAGUAUACCGAUUUCAGUCGACUACUCAAUCUUCGAGUCCUUGGUUUGAUGGAUGUCACUCUGAUCCAGCCAAGCAUUCCUGACCAGAGUGAGGAUCGUCGAGUCCGAACGUCAGGAUCCUUGGCCGGAUUCUUGCCCUACGGCAUGGCAGACACUCUUGGCAGGAAUGAGCAUCUGUCAACCAUCGAUCUGGUUGUGCCUCGCUUCAACUCGGCAGACACGGAAACUUUACUUGGUCUUUUUGAUGGCCAAGCACUUUCCAGUGGUGGCUCUAAGAUCGCUAAAUAUCUGCACGAAAACUUUGGCCACAUUUUUUCGAUGGAGCUGAAAGCCUUGAAAACUCGGCUGAACGAAACACCUGUCGAUGCGAUGCGACGGGCGUUCUUGUCACUCAACAAGGACUUGGUGACCAUCGCAAUCCAACACACGGAGGACCGGCCAGUGACGGCCCACCGUGGGUCGGCGCAGCCGGUUGUGCUUAGUAAAGAGGACCUCAAUUCUGGUGGCGUGGCCACUGUGGUGUACCUCCAAGGGCAAGAACUUUACAUUGCCAACGUGGGCGACGUGCAGGCCAUGCUGAUUCAGUCUGAUGGUUCAAACAAGUUCCUGACCCGCAAACACGAUCCAGCCGAGCCCAGCGAGAGAUCUCGUAUCAGGGACGCCGGUGGCUGGGUGUCUCGAAACGGGAGGUUGAAUGACUUGCUCGAAGUAUCCCGUGCCUUCGGCUAUGUUGACCUGAUGCCCGCAGUACAGGCCGCGCCACAUGUUUCACAUAUGACUGUCAAGGAGCAAGACGAAAUCAUCCUGAUAGCCACCAAGGAAGUCUGGGAAUACCUGCCGCCGGAGCUCGUUGCAGACAUCGCACGAGGCGAACGCCAUGACCUCAUGCGAGCGUCUCAAAAGCUUCGAGACCUCGCCAUGGCGUACGGGGCGACUGGCAAGAUCAUGGUCAUGAUGAUGAGCAUCGCGGACCUCAAGAAGCGCAACGAGAGAUCGCGCCUGCACCGCGGUCAGAGCAUGUCUUUGUACCCAUCCGGCAUCACGGACGACAUUCUGCCUCGGGAGCCGAGGAAGCCGAAACGGACGGGCAAGAACGAUGUCCUGGAUUCUGACCUACGACGGCUGGAGCCCGAAGUACCUGCGCCGACGGGCCUGAUUGCCAUAGUCUUCACUGACAUCAAGAACUCGACCAACCUAUGGGAGACGUACCCGGCAGCCAUGAGGUCUGCCAUCAAACUGCACAACGAUGUCAUGAGGCGGCAGCUGCGCCGCAUCGGCGGGUACGAGGUCAAGACUGAAGGUGAUGCCUUCAUGGUCUCGUUCCCGACAGCGACGUCUGCCCUGCUCUGGUGCUUCUCCGUACAGAUGCAGCUCCUUGACAUUAACUGGCCUCAAGAGAUGCUCAACUCGGUCUCAUGCCAGCCGCUUUACGACAAGGACAACAACCUGAUCUUCCGGGGUCUGUCAGUGAGGAUGGGGACGCACUGGGGCGAGCCUCUCUGCGAGGUCGACCCUAUCACCCGGCGGAUGGACUACUACGGGCCUAUUGUAAACAAAGCCUCGCGUGUAUCUGCCUGCGCGGAUGGCGGGCAGAUCACGGUUUCGUCCGACUUCAUCUCGGAGAUACAGAGAUGCCUGGAGACGUACCAAGAGCCGUCCAACGGCGUAGAAGACACGCUCGAGGAUGACAGCUUUGCGCUGGCAGUGCGCAAGGAGCUACGCUCUCUGAGCUCGCAAGGCUUUGAGGUCAAGGAGAUGGGUGAAAAGAAGCUCAAGGGCCUCGAGAACCCGGAGGUGGUGUACUCGCUGUACCCGCACGCGCUAGCCGGCCGUAUCGACCAGCAUCUGCUCCACGAAAAGCAGGUAUCCGGAGAGGUAGAGAAGACCCUCCCGGCGACUGUGGCACAGGGCGGGGAGCUCGCGUUCGACCCCGAGGUGAUAUGGGCGCUGUGGCGGGUUAGUCUCCGGCUCGAGAUGCUCUGCAGUACUCUCGAGGAGGGUUCGGACCGCGGCCUGCAGCCUCCCGAGACAGAGUUACUGGACCGCAUGAAGCAGAGGGGCGGCGAGGUCACGGAACGGUUCUUGGUCAACUUCAUGGAACACCAAGUCAGCCGCAUAGAGACGUGCAUCUCCACACUGACCAUGCGACACCUCGCCGCGGGUGGCGGUCAGAUCUCGAAGCUUGAUGACCUGCGGGCGCCCAUGACCAACGUGCUGGACAUCAUAGCCGAGUCGAUGCUGGAGCUGCAAAGAUACAAGGACCGAUUUGGCGAGCUCGACUAGAUGGCGCCGGUCCAAGACUUGUCGGGCAGUGAUACGGAGUAGGAAUGAGUCUGGUUUGUGCCGCAAGGGUCAUGGCAGCCCAACCCGUAUCUUGCUUAUGGCCUGUGACCUCGGCUCCUUGGCCGGGGGAUGGAUCUACUUAUCUUGCAUAUGCCUCUUAUAAUACCCCUUCCUUUGUUUGUGUUGAGCCAAAAUUGUGGGACGGCGGUGUGGGAUUGGUUUGGUCAUAUGCCCUGUCGGUUUGGUGCGGUGCGGUCCGGUGCGGCGCGCUUCUAUGUUUGGGAAUUGUGUGGCAAGCGCCUAUAUACUUACUGGUUUAAACUCACUGCCCUGGAACGGACCUUGUUUUCUAUAUUUUCUUUCUCUUCCCCCUUAUUCCCCUGUCGUCUAUAAUGUACGAUAGCUCCCACGGAGCAGCACAAUUAACACGGGCGGCACUUUUUUUUUCUUUUUCUUUUUUUGGAACAUCAAGCUGGAAUAUAUCAUCAAAUUACGGGGAGCACAAAGAGCUU